GUGGGUACCCUUGUCCCUUAUAAAAAUAUUAAUUUCCCCCUCUAAACCGGAUUUGUCGUCGUCUCGCAAUUAGCAUUUCUCUUAAGCUUCGCUCUCUCUCGGUUACGUAAAAGAGCACAAGAUGGGGUUGAGUUUCGCGAAGCUGUUUAGCAGGCUCUUUGCAAAGAAGGAGAUGAGGAUUCUGAUGGUUGGUCUUGAUGCUGCUGGUAAGACCACUAUUCUCUACAAGCUCAAGCUCGGAGAGAUUGUCACCACCAUCCCCACUAUUGGUUUCAAUGUGGAAACUGUGGAGUACAAGAACAUCAGUUUCACUGUGUGGGAUGUCGGGGGUCAGGACAAGAUUCGUCCCUUGUGGAGGCAUUACUUCCAGAACACUCAGGGUCUGAUCUUUGUCGUGGACAGCAACGACCGAGACCGUGUUGUUGAGGCUCGAGAUGAACUGCACAGGAUGCUCAAUGAGGACGAGCUGCGUGAUGCUGUGCUGCUUGUGUUUGCCAACAAGCAAGAUCUUCCAAAUGCGAUGAAUGCAGCUGAAAUCACAGAUAAGCUUGGCCUUCACUCCCUCCGUCAGCGUCACUGGUACAUUCAGAGCACAUGCGCCACUUCAGGUGAAGGACUUUACGAAGGUCUGGACUGGCUGUCCAACAACAUCGCUGGCAAGGCUUGAUGAGGGUGAGUUGCAUUUGCAUCGAGAUGGUUCUAUCCUCUGUGAUGCAAGAAACAAUUAUAAAUAUUAUCUGAACCUUUUUGAUAUUGGGUAUGGGAAUGUUUUGAUUGUGCAAGUAGAUGUCUUGUCUCUAAAACUUAUUUUGCUUUCGUGUCUGAACCCGGGUUUUCAAUAGUGGCCUUGUCCAUUUAUGUCUUGCACAGUAUAAGGCAGUGUAACAGUCAAAUGGUAUCAUGUUUAGAAAA